AUGGCCCUUCUGUCGCGGCCUUCCCUCCGUUCUGUACGACGGCCCGACAGUCCCCCGAAACCCCUCAGAGACCGUCGCAAGAGCUCUCCAGACUGCCUCGACACCACCGCCGAACCCCGUGUCAGUCCCUUGAAGUCGCGACGCGCCCGCGGCGUCUCCUCCUCGUCCAUUAAUACCCCAGUCUCUGGCCCAUUCGCAGGCCAGAACGGAGCCAGUCGCGCACGCCGUGAGACCGCUACCCCCUCAGCGGAUUUGCUACGCGGGGUCCACGAGUCGCCCGACCCGCUCGAUACGAUCUCACCUGCGCUCAAGCAGCGCGUCUUCACCCCGACAAUUGCAGACGAGAUCGAGCCUCCUGAGUCUCCCGUGACGCGGCCUCGUCGGAAUGAUCGAUUGCGCGCGGACGGCGCGUCUGCGACAGACCGUAAGAACGACGCGGAGCAGACUGGUGAAAAGAGCACGGGACGACGGUCGCUUCGUUCGACGGACACCGGGUCGCGAUGCAAGAGCGAGCUCGCUCAGUACUUCCACAAUUAUGAACAGAUCAUAAGUCUGGAGGACCCUGAACCGGAAUUCCUCGCGGCAAAAACCACACUCACAAUCAUUGACAACCUCACCCAACCGCUUUCAAUCCCCCCGCCGAAUCCAACCCCCUUUGGCAACCCCCUGCUCAAUCCCUAUGGCUGUGAGAGGCUCUCACUCCCAACUCCUCCUCCAGAUCCCACCGCUAUAGAUCCUCUAUCCGAGGAGACUUACUUCCGUGCACAUCGCAAGUUUGAAAGACAAGAGAAGCAAUUGCGCAAUAUCGAGCGCAACCGAGCCCAACAUGAACAACAGGUCUUGGAACGUCUGCUCGACGAGCUCCGGGGCCAUGAAUGGCUACGAACGAUGGGCCUCCCCAACGUCCACGAGUCAGAGAAGAAGAACUACGAGCCCAAGCGCGAGAUUCUGAUCCAAGAACUCGUCACACUAGUCAACAAAUUUCAAGCCUGGAAAGACGAAGAACGACGUCGCAGGCUUGAAAAAGAAAAACCAGAAGAAUCAGGACCCCGGAAACAAUCUCGCAUAGAAGAUGAUAGUUCCCCCGCUCCUGGUGAUUUGCAAAGUACCCCUGAUCCCAAUGACGUGGAUGCCCUCGCUGCAAGGCAAUUGCAUCAAGAGGCUCGCUCAGCGGGAGCCAAAUCCCGCAAGCGAAAGCCGACCAAGCCCACGGCCCCCGAAGAAGAGCCCAAACCAAGCCCCAAGCGUAAAAAGCCGAACCCUACCCCUGAUCCCAAACCCCCUCCUGCUCCUACACCUCCCAAAAACCUCAAGCAAGCUUCUCUCUCCUUGUUCUGGGCUCCUGCGCCUCGCCAAGGCCCUUUUACGUCCUUCUUUCGCCAGCGCCAUGUGCGUGACGCGGCGAUCGCUGCGGCGAAAGGUAUCCGACGCAGUGGUUCGCGAUCAUCGCUUGCUUUUGGGCAUCCGGUACCUGAACAGUCGGAGGUGGAGUUCGAGUUACCUGGGGAAAUCUUGACGGAAGAGGCCAUCUUACAGUCUCAGCGCAAGAGGCGGAGGUUGAAGAGGAGAAGUCUGGGAUGA